AUGCAGAUCAUAUUGACCUUUGGUUUCGCGUUGUCAACGUUCUUAUAUCUCUGUUGGGCGGAUGUAUAUCUUCAUUUUCCUCCUGGAAGCAACAAUAGAUUGAACGGGAACAAGGAAAACGUGGACAACGAUGACAGGCUUUUCGACUCUCAGAACAAUGGUAAGGGCGGUUACAACGUUGGAGACAGCGGAACUGGCACUACCAGGAACAAAAUACCGAAAGACAGGCAGCUUCCAUUGGAAUUUUUCAUGAGCGGCAGUAAAGAGAAUGCAAAAACUGAGGUUGAAAUUAUGUGGACAAAUCAACAUGGAACCGGAACAGAAAGUGCAGACAUAGUGGAAUCACAAAUCAUCCUGCAAUACAUGUGUCAAGAAGUUACAGAGUCUAAAUAUAAGUAUCCCAACAUUCGAAAUGGUGAAGAACGGGACAAGCAAAAUUUCAAUGCCGGCUCACAAGAAAAUAAUGAAGUGAAAAUGGAACGCGGAUUGCAUGAGCCCUUAGAGUACUACAGAACCUAUCAGCGCAGAGAAAGAAACAAAGAUUUGUUUACCGCUAAUCAAGACCUAAAAGGUAACAGUGCAAUUUACACCAGGCAGAACCCAGAUGGGAAGAGAAGGGGAUUUGAAGUACCAGAGGAACGUGAUUACUAUCCUUACUGGGGCCCCACCCCCUGGAAGGACAUUGCUAUCUUGGUCAGUGACAGCACUACAAAAAGUGCUAUACGGGAUCAUGUGAAGAGAGACUACGGAAAAAAAUGGUUGUGCAUUAUAGAUGAUGGUGUCGCAAAAACUCUCUGUCCAAAAGUGCCUCAAAAGAACAAACGAAACGAAAAAUGUGUGGCCAGGUUCAUUACACAGGAUUCGUGCCAAGGCGCAGGAGGAAGUUGGACCCAAGUACAAACAAACUUCAUAGAAAAGUUCGCAUCUAAGGACAAGGGUGUGGCGUAUGAGCCUCAUCUGAUAACACAGGGUACUGGAGAGGGCAAGCAAGGUCUUGUACUGGCAGACUCCCCUGAGGUUUUAGACGCACCAUCCACAGUUGUGAAUCACAAUGGCAUGAACAUGGACGGGAAGUUCUCCUCAUACAAAUGGAAGAUUCCUCACUUUCCUUCAAACACUCCACAACGAUGCGUGUUGAGAAUCAGAUAUAACAUCACAACAAAAGAUGUACCGAGGACGUUUACUGUUUCAAAUAACGAUGGCGAAGAGAAUAAUCCCAAAACACUUGCUGUUGACGGCAAAACCAAACUUCAACUAGCCUUGAACACCGCUCAACUGGGUCGUACAUUCCAGGACAGAUCACAUGUAAUCCACCUCAAGCCAAGAAGCUCUUUGCUUCAAAAAUUCCAGAAUUCCAAAAUCUUCUACAUCGGAGGAAUGGGAAAGAGAGGAAACAUCGUUCAGACUUACCCAGCCAUGGAAUAUCGCUUUACCCCUGAAAGUAUCACUGUUUCUAGAAAUGAUGUCUUGUGCUUCGCUUGGUCAGGUUCCAACGAUAAUCCAGAUAAUGAGGGCCAAGGGAAAAAAAGAUCAGACAGAACAAACGUGUGCUGGGUAAAGGAAGGAUGCCAAUCACUUAAACCAAAGGCUUGUACGAGCUUGCCUCUUGAAGUAGUUGAACAAGCUGAUAAGUUUUCUGCCGACAAGUUGAAUCUUCACCUCAACACUGGAUGCUACAACGGUAACCCAAAUAAACUGAAUGUUCAACUGGACAACGCCCCAGCCUCCUGCAACCCGCCUUGCUUCCGCAUCACGGAGCGUGGGACAUACUGUUACAUGAGCACGCGCAAUAACAACUUCUCCAACCGCCGUCACAUGGGACAGAUUACCGUUAAUUAA